AGCGGCGCGGGGAGUGGGGGUGGGGGGUCCCUGCGGGCGAAGCCCGACCGGCCGCUUCCUCGCAGAGUAACCCCGCGAGGGCCUGGGACACAUGCGCAACCUCUGGUGCGCGCGGAGGGCGGUGACGGCCCUGGGCGGCCUCGCGCGGACCCCGGAGCACCCCUGGCCGCCCCCCGCGCCUCGCGCAGAAAACACUUCUCCUCGAACCAUGAACCUCGACAUCCAGUGUCAGCAGCUGAGUGACGCCCGGUGGACAGAGCUCCUGCCUCUGAUCCAGCAGUACGAGGUGGUCAGACAUAGGAGCUUUCAUGUGCCGACUGUGCCCCACAGGAAGGUUCAGAGAGCACAGGGCCCCGGACGUGCAUCUGUGGAUGUGCCAGGGCCUGCAACAAAAGCAUCGCUGGACGACUGUGGCCUCACGGAGGUGCGGUGCAAGGAUAUCAGCUCUGCCCUCCAAGCCAACCCCUCCCUGACCGAGCUGAGCCUUUGCACCAACGAGCUGGGUGAUGCCGGUGUGCACCUGGUGCUCCAGGGCCUGCAGAGCCCCACGUGCAAGAUCCAGAAGCUCAGCCUCCAGAACUGCUGCCUGACCAAGACUGGCUGUGGGGUCCUACCUGAUGUGCUGCGCUCCAUGCCCACCCUGCGGGAGCUGCAGCUCAGUGACAACCCGCUGGAGGAUGCAGGCCUGCAGCUGCUGUGCAAAGGACUCCUGGACCCCCUGUGCCACCUUGAGAAGCUUCGGCUAGAGUAUUGCAACCUGACGGCCGCCAGCUGUGAGGCCCUGGCCUCGGCGCUCAGGGCCAAGCGGCACUUCAGGGAGCUCGCGGUGAGCAACAACGAGGUCGGUGAGGCUGGCGUGCGGGUGCUGUGCCGGGGCCUGGUGGACUCUGCCUGCCAGCUGGAGGUGCUCAAGCUGGAGAACUGCGGCCUCACAGCGGCCAGCUGUGAGGACCUGUGCGGUGUCGUGGCCUCCAAGCCCUCAUUGCAGGAGCUGGACCUGGGUGACAACAAGCUGGGCGACCAGGGCAUCGCCACGCUGUGCCCCAGCCUGCUGCACCCCAGCUGCCAGAUCAAGGUCCUGUGGCUCUGGGACUGUGACAUCACCACUGCGGGCUGCAGAGACCUGUGCCGUGUCCUCGGGGCCAAGGAGAGCCUGAAGGAGAUGAGCCUGGCGGGCAAUGCGCUGGGGGAUGAGGGUGCCCGGCUGCUCUGUGACAGCCUGCGGGAGCCUGGCUGCCGGCUGCAGUCCCUGUGGGUGAAGUCCUGCAGCUUUACGGCCGCGAGCUGCCACCACUUCGGCAUGAUGCUGACCCAAAACAAGCACCUUGUGGAGCUUCAGCUGAGUAACAACAAGCUGGGAGACUCUGGCGUCCAGGAGCUCUGCCAGAGCCUGGGCCAGCCUGGCACCACGCUGCAGGUGCUCUGCCUGGGGGACUGUGAUGUGGCCAACGGUGGCUGUGCCAGCCUGGCCUCGCUCCUGCUGGCCAACCGCAGCCUGCGGGAGCUGGACCUCAGCAACAACUGCAUGGACGAGCAGGGCAUCCUGCAGCUGAUGGCGAGCGUGGAGCAGCCGGGCUGCACACUGGAGCAGCUGGUCCUCUACGACAUCUACUGGAGCGAGGAGACUGAGAACAGCCUGCGGGCUCUGGAGGGGCGCAAGCCUGGCCUGAGGAUCAUCUCUUGAAACCCGGCCCCUCCCUGGGGCUCUCCCGCUGGUGUCCUAGCUUUGAACGAAGAGAAACGCUCUAAUCAACUCGCUUCUUCAAGAAAGUUUUAGACACUUUAUUAAAGCACUUGUUUUGGCAA